AUGGAGGAGUUUAUAGUACUAAUAAUUUAUCAUAGUGGUGAAUUCAUUAAUGGUGACCUUAGAGUAUAUGAAGGAGGGAAAGUUGAUGAGCUGAAAGUAGAUGUGAACAGAUGGAGUUACUUUGAGUUGAUAGGUACACUGAAGGACUUAGGUUAUAUGGAUUUUGAUAAAAUCUAUUACAAUGACUCGGCAUUUGGGAUGAACUCAUUGAAUGAUGAUGCAGGUGCAUUAAAAAUAUUUGAUAUUUAUAGGGUUCACCUAGGUGUAGACAUUCAAAUUCAACACAAACUUGAUCAACCUAAUUACUAUGACGGGCCUAUAGAAACAAAAUUAGGAAAUGGUGACAAUGUGAAUGAGGGGCCUGGUGUGGUUGAGGACGUGCUUUCUAAAUUGUAUGAAGAAGCAGUCGAUGGAAAUGAUACUUGCAAAGAAGCUGAAAAUGUUGGUUAG